GGGAGGAGGGUUCAGUGAUAGUGUUGUGCAGACUCCAUAGGGCCGGGUGCCUGGGAAGGAAGGUGCUCUAACACCAGCUGUGAUUGUGGUAACUGGUUGCUAGAGUGAGCCUAGGACGGAGAAGCCAGCACCUGAGAGCUCUGUGCAGCUUGAGUCGUGGGUACUUAGCUUUACGUUGUAGGCUCAUGGGCAGAAUUGUCCAGUAACCCCUUGUGGGUGUUGCAUGCAGUCUGACUCGUGACCCUUGCUGGGCCGUCAUUGCAGCUUCCCUCCUGCCCCUGACAGUGCUCUUGCUCAGGCCUGGAGAGACUUGCCUUUGCCCGGAGGUCCAGUGCCUCACAGCAGAGCCAGGGCCAGAAACCAGCACUUGGGAUGGUCACUCAGCGCCUCCCAGAUCAAGCAGGGAAUUUCUGAAUAGCCCCCUCAGGGUGCUGAGGGCUCUCAGGAGCAGGGCAAGGGUGGUGGAAUGUGGGUUUGGAACUGGGUUUCAUGUCUAGGCACCUGAGGGCAUUGGCCCUAUACCCCUCAACUGUGCCCACACUCUGUAGUUUUUUGGGCAGUGGCUGCAGGCCUGGCUGGGGGAGGAGGGUCCAGACAGGGGUGGGAGUGAGUUUGGGCAGGCUCUGGCAGGAGAGCAGAGAACCCAAGGCCCCUGUCUUGGCCAGGCCCUGCUGUGGGUGGAGAGGGCUGUGCUAUACUCUUGCACGCUGGUGAGGGUGGGGCUGGUGGAUGUGCUUCCGGGGCAGGGAUGGGAUCAGGGCCAUGGCAAGGGUGCUAAGGCAAGGCUGGAGAGUGAGCCAAUUGGAUCCAGGAAAAUCCCUGGCAGCCAUGCAGAUGUGGAAUUUUCCCCAUUCCAGCGUCCCAGCGUCGCCCAGUUAUGGCGGGGGCAGCAGGGCUCUGCGCAGCCCAUGCCCCACCGAGUGGGGAGCAGGUUUUGCAAUGCCCACCGCUGGAGCUGUGCAUUCCCGGCCCAGGUGGGCAGGAGUUCCUGUCCUUGGUCCUCCUCGGCAGUGAGGAGGGAAGCUGGGGACUGAAAGAAGGUGGAUCAUGGUUGCGGCGCCUGCAUCUGGGUGGUGCACCCCUUGUGGACACCCUGGAGAGGUGGGGUCAGCGGAGACCUAGUGGCCAGACUGGUUGGAGAUAGGUCCCUUGCCUGAGCUUCCUUCUAGGGAUCCUGCCCCCAUCCACAAUUUAGACCCCAAAAAUGUGUCCCCAACUCGCACUGACUUGAGCAGGAGGCCGUACCUUAUGUUGGAUAUUUAGGAUUCCAGAGACCCCAGUAAAAGCUCAGUGACUAGUCUAGCCACUUCCCUUUGCCCAGAGCUGGGCUGCCCUCAUCACCAGCACCACGCCACCCCGUUUCCCAGGCACCCUCGAAUCCCCUUCCGGGCCGCAGCUCAGCCGAGCCUCAGGGUCCUGCAGUGGGACAAUGGCCCCGUUGGCGCUCCCGAGACAAACGCGCCUUGUUGAGCCGGCAGCGGGGGCGCAGCGUUUCGCGCAGGGACGCUGAAUGCGGCUUCUGUGCGUCCCAGGCAGGAGCGGAGGGGCCGGGAGGGGGCCGUGGCUGGCCGCCUAUUGGCCGCAGCACCGGGGGAUGGGCCAGGCUGGCGGCCGCACCUGGCCGGAGGGAGUGUGGUGGCGGAGGCGGCGGCGGGAGCAUGGUUCAGGUCCGGUGGAGUUGGGGGCCUGGGCGGGUACGCCCCGCCGCCUAGUGAGCGCCCGGGCGGCGCGGGCCCGGGACCGAAACAGCCACGCCAGGCCCGAGGAGAACGGGGCUAAGAUUUACCUGGGGAUCCCUGCCUGCUGGCAGUCAGAGAGAGGAGGUAUCUGAGAUGCCGCUGCCACAGAAGAAGCGCUGGGUGUCCAUGGCCAAGGGGCUGGUGCUGGGCGCACUCUUCACCAGCUUCCUGGUGCUGCUGUACUCCUAUGCUGUCCCCCCACUGCAUGCCGGCUUGGCCUCCACAAGGACCCCAGAAGGCACAGCGUCCUGCUCCCCGGAGCCCGCUGAGCUGGAGACCCCCGCCAACAGCUCUGCGGGAGCUUGCCAGCCUCGGCGCGACAUCGUGUUCAUGAAGACGCACAAGACGGCCAGCAGCACGCUGCUCAACAUCCUGUUCCGCUUUGGCCAGAAGCACGGGCUCAAGUUCGCCUUCCCUAAUGGCCGCAACGACUUCGACUACCCAGCCUUCUUCGCUCGCAGCCUGGUGCAGGACUACCGGCCUGGCGCCUGCUUCAACAUCAUCUGCAACCACAUGCGCUUCCACUAUGACGAGGUCCGCGGGCUGGUGCCGCCCAACGCCACGUUCAUCACCGUGCUCCGCGACCCCGCCCGUCUCUUUGAGUCCUCCUUCCACUACUUCGGUUCGGUGGUGCCCUUCACGUGGAAGCUCUCCGGCCGCGACAAGCUGGCCGAGUUCUUGCAGGACCCAGACCGCUACUACGACCCCAACGGCUACAACGCCCACUACCUCCGCAACCUGCUCUUCUUCGACCUGGGCUACGACAGCGGCCUGGACCCCGGCGACCCGCAGGUGCAGGAGCACAUCCUGGAGGUGGAGCGCCGCUUCCACCUGGUGCUCCUGCAGGAGUACUUCGAUGAGUCCCUGGUGCUGCUCAAGGACCUGCUGUGCUGGCAGCUCGAGGACGUGCUCUACUUCAAGCUGAACGCCCGCCGCGCCUCUGCGGUGCCGCGCCUCUCCGGGGAGCUGUACCGGCGCGCCACGGCCUGGAACGUGCUGGACGCCCGCCUCUACCGCCACUUCAACGCCAGCUUCUGGCGCAAGGUGGAGGCGUUCGGGCGAGAGCGCAUGGCCCGGGAGGUGGCCGCCCUGCGGCGCGCCAACGAGCGCAUGCGGCGCAUCUGCAUCGACGGGGGCCGGGCUGUGGACGCCGCCGCCAUCCAGGACUCGGCCAUGCAGCCCUGGCAGCCGCUGGGCGCCAAGUCCAUCCUCGGCUACAACCUCAAGAAGAGCAUCGGGCAGAGGCACGCGCAGCUCUGCCGUCGCAUGCUCACGCCUGAGAUCCAGUACCUUAUGGACCUCGGCGUCAACCUGUGGGUCACUAAGCUCUGGAAGCUCAUCCGGGACUUUCUGAGGUGGUGACACCCCGCUCACCCGCAGCCCCCUCGGCCAGCUGGAUCGCUGAGGAGGGGCUGCGUGGGGGCGCAGGGGGUGGGGUGCCGCCGGCCUCCGCUGGGCCCUCCUGGUGCCAUCCCGGCUCCCGGGGUGAGGUGGGGUCUGCUGCGGGGGGCACGGCCAAACUGGAACGGGGCCCUCGGCAGGCAGGGCCUCAGAUCAGUAUUUGACUAAUUCUAGUUUUGUUUUUGUGUUUUGUUUUGUUUUGUUUUAAAGAAUUAAAUCCCCUUCCCUCCAAAAAAGAAUGUUCUAUUUCCUGCCUCCCCUUAAAGGGGAGAGUUCAGAAGUAAAGGCGUUUGAUGUUGUGUUUUUUGUUAA